UGCCGGUUAUUCAGAGGAAGGCUCAAGAGCUUCACUUGUGAUAUAGCCUCGCCUCGAUCACCAUGCCUCCAAGGAAGAAGCCUAAUUCUUCUUCUAAGAAGCUCAAUUCAAAUCAGCAAUCGCAGCCUUCCAAGUUCGGCAUCCAACACUUUUUCGAGCGCCACUCUCAGAAUGUUGCGCAGUCACAAAAGCUCACUUCACGAUCUUCCGAUUCGAAAACUGAUGUUUCUAACUCUUUGAAACGUGGAGCUGAUGAUCUGAAUGCGGCAGCGGUUGAUUCAAAGGGCGCCGCUGCGGCUACGGCAGCUCAAAAGUCAGAGUUGCGGGUGCUCCCAGUGAAUGAUGCAGUUUUAGCUUCUGAAAACCCUAAGGUACCGCAGGGGAAUGAUGCUAGCUGUUCAUCUCUGAAUACGACGCCUGAGAAUUUGGUUACGGCUGUUCGGAAUGAUGGUGAUGAUCAUCCUAAUGAGGUGUCUCCACAAUUUUCCAAGUCCGUGUCCCUGAAGCGCUUCAAGUUCUCUCCGGGGAUGCUGAUAAAGCAAAGUCAGGAUGAUGGGAGUGAUGAGAUCACAUGGAAGAUAUCUCCAGUAAACGUAAGGCUUCAGGCUGCUUCAAAGCAAACGCCAGAAACUAUAAGAGUUCUGGCGAAUUCCUCGAGGCUCAGUUCUUUGAGAAUUCGACAGUGCUCACGAAAUAAGGCUUCUUCAGUAGAACCCGAGAAUUUGGAGCAGUUAAGUUCACCAGAGUUGAGACCUUGUCAAAGAUCAGUGGUUUCGUUAAAUAAGACUGGAUUGAAAAGGUUAAAUCCUCAGCAUGAUAUGGAACCUAAUGGAGUUGCGAUUGAUAGUUUGGGUGGCUCUGGAGUAAGUAACAGUCAGAGUCCAUUCCGGACGCCCCCAUCUUUGUCAUACUGCGAUAAGAUUGCCAAUGGCGUUGAAUGUAAUGAAGCACAGAAUCACCCUACUUUAAGACCGCACAAAAAGGCAUUGCUUGAUCUUUUAGAUCAAGUAGAAGAUGUCAUUGCUGUUGAUACUGUGGCUUCCAUCGACUUGGGGGUGCAUUCAUCUAAAUUAAAAGGUAGAAAUGGUAACAAGUUGACUACUAGAGUUGAUUCAGCAACAACGCAAGUUACUAAAAGUCUUCCAGACACAGUGAUAAAGAGACCCCCUUCUGAUUUUCUUGUCUUGGAGGUAACUGAGAAGUGUGAGCUGGAUGCUACAUCUGGUGGUAGACGCUCAUAUAAGGUUCUUCGUCUGCUAAAUGAGCAGAGUGGAGAAGAACGGGCUGUAUAUCUUUGGGAAGACUGGUUUGACAGUAUUAUUGCACCUGGAGAUGCUGUGAAUGUUAUUGGUGAAUUUGAUGACGAAGGAAGGUGUCACGUUGACCAUGACAAUAAUUAUGUUAUCCUACACCCAGAUAUACUUGUCUCUGGAACUCGGGUUGCUGGUCAUUUGACUUGUCCGAGAAGGAGUGUUCUUGAUGAGAGGCUGAAAUGUAACGAACAGUCAAUUUCAGCAUUACUUGGUACUUUGCUGCACCAGAUUUUUCAGGCUGGUCUUAUGGAAGAAGCACCAACUGUCGCCUUUUUGGAAGAGGUUUCAAGAACGGUGCUCCAGAAAAGUAUGGAAAACGUGUAUGCAUGUGGAGCAAAUGAAAAGGAUAUACGCAAAACCAUGAAUGAGGCGAUUCCAAAAAUGUUGCAUUGGAUCACCCUCUUCAAAUGUUCCAUGGGUUCUAAAGCACCAACUAUUGAGUUUAGAUCUAAUGAUGGUCCCAAGAAAGUUAGUAUAUCGGAGGUAAUUGAUAUUGAGGAGAUGGCAUGGGCUCCCAAAUAUGGCUUGAAAGGAAUUAUUGAUGCUUCUGUCAGGGUAAAUGUAACGUCAAAUGAUAAUAAGCGUGCUGAGAAUGUCAUGCCUUUAGAGUUUAAAACUGGAAAAGUGCCAGCUGGCCAGUCCUCCAUGGAACAUUCUGCCCAAGUGAUCUUGUACACACUGCUUAUGUCCGAGAGGUACCAGAAACAUGUUGGUCGUGGUCUCCUUUAUUAUCUCCAGUCGGAUCAGACACAGGGAAUCCGGGUUCAAAGAUCUGACCUGGUGGGGUUAAUCAUGCGUCGGAAUGAGCUUGCAAAUAACAUCCUCAAGGCAUCAACUGCACAAUUACUUCCCCCUAUGUUACAGAUUCAAAGUGUGUGCAAAGGAUGUCGCCAUCUUGAUGUUUGUACCAUUUAUCAUAAGAUGCAAAAUGGAAGCAAAGAUAGUAGUGGGCUUGGAGUUCUAUUUGACUCCCACACGGAUCAUUUGAAAGCUUCUCAUGGUACUUUCUUUCAGCAUUGGGAAAGAUUGAUUGAUUUAGAAGCCAAAGAAACGGAGCUUGUAAAGAGGGGAGUUUGGCACUCACGUAGUGUGGGAAAAAAUCAAAUGUCUACCUGUAUUUCUUCUCUUGUUCUUACCACGUUGGAUGAGCGACCACAUUGUACUUUUGAAAAGGACAACCGGAUCAUCUAUCGUUUUGUCCGUCAAGAUUUGUCUUCACCGUGUUUGAAAGAUUCAAAUGGUGAUAGUUCAAACACUGAUACUUCAAUAAAUGAAAUGGAUAGUUCACUUAGAGUUGGAGACUAUGUGAUACUUAGUACAGAUUCUGGGCAUUUGACCCUAGCAAGUGGUAUUAUAACAGAUCUAAGCAGUCUCCAUAUAUCUGUCUCUUUUUCUAAGCGCCUACGUUUGCCUGGAAGCACUCCUUCUACAGAGGCACGUGAUCUUUUGAAGCAAGUUUGGCAGAUUGACAAGGAUGAAUUUAUGACUUCGUUUGCAAUCAUGAGGUUUAAUCUUGUACAACUGUUUCUGCAAGGUGAACGAAAUGCUCAUCUUAGAAAGUUGAUAGUAGAUCUUUCGGCUCCAAGAUUUGACGGUGGAUGCAUAUUCAGCCAGGAUCCAGCAAUAUCUUAUAUCCGGUCAGAGAAAAGUUUAAAUGAUGACCAGCGUCGAGCCAUAAUUAAGAUACUUACAGCAAAGGAUUAUGCUCUCAUUCUAGGAAUGCCUGGAACAGGCAAGACGUCCACAAUGGUUCAUGCUGUGAAGGCUUUGUUGAUGAGAGGUGUAUCCAUUUUGCUCACAUCUUACACAAACACUGCUGUUGAUAAUUUACUUAUCAAACUGAAAUUUCAGAACAUUGAUUUUAUACGAAUUGGGAGAAUUAAUGCAGUGCAUGAAGACAUUCGCAGCCAUUGCUUCUCGGAGUUGAACAUACAAAGCGUGGAAGACAUCAGAAUGAGAUUGGACCAAGUCAAAGUUGUUGCAGUUACUUGUUUGGGGAUAACUAGCCCCUUACUUGUCAAUAAAAAAUUUGAUCUAUGCAUAAUGGAUGAAGCUGGACAGAUCACCCUUCCAGUUUCCCUUGGACCUUUGAUGUUUGCUUCAACAUUUGUCCUUGUUGGCGAUCACUAUCAGCUACCUCCUCUUGUUCAGAGUACAGAGGCUCGAGAAAAUGGAAUGGGGAUAAGCUUGUUCUGUAAGCUUUCAGAAGCACAUCCUCAAGCAAUUUCAGCAUUGCAAAGCCAGUAUCGCAUGUGCCGAGAGAUUAUGGAAUUAUCAAAUGCCUUGAUAUAUGGAGACAGAUUGCGUUGUGGUUCUGAAGAAACAGCGUACGCAAAGCUUGAGUUUUCUAGUUUAAAGUUGUUCCCAUCUUGGCUUAAGGAGGUUCUAAACCCAUGCAAACCUGUUAUCUUUGUUUGUACAGAUCUAUUACCUGCUUACGAGACAAGAGAUCGCAAGAUUGUGAACAACCCAAUUGAAGCCAACAUAUUAGCAGAGGUGACGAAUGGAUUGCUUGAUGGUGGGAUUAGAGGGAAUGAUAUUGGCAUCAUUACUCCGUACAACUCCCAGGCAAGCAUCAUUCGUCUCGCUAUCAACAUAGCCUCUGUGGAGAUUCAUACCAUUGACAAAUACCAGGGAAGAGAUAAGGACUGCAUUUUGGUGUCCUUUGUUAGGUCGAGUGAAAAUCCAAAGAGCUGUACGACCUCACUUCUUGGAGACUGGCAUAGAAUUAAUGUGGCCAUUACACGUGCCAAGAGAAAAUUAAUCAUGGUGGGAUCACGUAGAACACUAUCAAAAGUUCCACUGUUGAAGCUUCUAAUCAAGAAGGUCGAGGAGCAAUCAGGAAUUUUGAGUGUAACAAAGAAGGAUAUUCGCCAAAGUAGCAAGCUUCGGGAUUGCACUUCGACCGACUUGUUGUAAAGUGAACGGUUGUAAAGGGGAGAGGAGCAGAGGCUUUACUAAUGUCAUGUGUGAAGCACAGAGGAAAUCUUGUCUACUUGCGAAAGGUACUUUCCAUUUCUGGAAGUUUUAGUGAUACUGCUUGCAUUGCUAAUUCUUUUCAAGUCUCCAUCUGAUACGGCCAAAGCAAUUCACUAUCACAAUUGCUGGACCCUUCACUUUAUUUAUUAUUUGUACUCUCGACGGUCCAAAAUCCAAUGUUCUGAAAUGAUUUUUUGGAAUAUAUAAAAUUUAAGUAGUUAAUAUAAAAAAAUCAUACGAUUACACUGCCACUUUGUGUCAGUGAU